CUUUGGUGCUAUCACCAAGUCUCUGAAGAAAAGAUCGCCUGUGAGCAAAGAAAAACUUGCCCAAAUAAUGUGAUUUUGAUCAUUUCCCCCUUGCAAGAAAUUUUAAAAGCAGGGCCAAAGUCUAGCCUGCAGUUAUUGCUCCUGCCAACUUCCUACAAUAUAUCCCUGUUGGAAGGGAUGCAGAAACUCAGCAAGUAAGAAGACAGAGAAUGGAUGCGUUCCAAGAUGUCUUCCAAAAGGUAGAGAAGAUUGGAGAGGGCACCUAUGGGGUAGUGUAUAAAGCCAAAAACAAACAGACAGGCCAGCUAGUUGCUUUGAAGAAGAUCCGCCUAGAUUCGGAGACGGAAGGAGUUCCCAGUACAGCAAUUCGAGAAAUCUCCCUGCUGAAAGAAUUGAAACAUCCAAACAUAGUGAGGCUUCUUGAUGUGGUUCACAGUCAGAAGAAACUCUAUCUAGUCUUUGAAUAUCUGAAUCAGGACCUUAAGAAGUACAUGGACUCGUCUCGUACAGGGGAGCUGCCUUUAAGUUUGGUGAAGAGCUACCUUUAUCAACUGCUACAAGGUGUAAGCUUCUGUCACUCCCACAGAGUCAUCCACAGAGAUCUGAAGCCCCAGAACUUACUUAUAAACGAAAUGGGAGCCAUCAAACUAGCUGAUUUUGGCCUAGCAAGAGCCUUUGGUGUUCCACUGCGUACUUACACUCAUGAGGUUGUAACUUUAUGGUAUCGAGCUCCUGAAAUUUUACUAGGUUGUAAAUUCUACUCAACAGCUGUGGAUAUCUGGAGCAUUGGCUGCAUAUUUGCAGAAAUGGUAACCAGAAAAGCCUUAUUUCCUGGGGACUCCGAAAUCGAUCAGCUUUUCCGUAUUUUCCGCACUCUUGGUACACCUACUGAAUCAUCAUGGCCAGGAGUGACUCAACUUCCGGAUUACAAAGGGAAUUUCCCAAAAUGGCCAAGAAAAGACAUGAAGGUGUUAAUUCCAAACUUGGACCGAGAUGGACGAGACUUGCUGAUGCAACUAUUACUGUAUGAUCCCAACAGACGCAUCUCAGCCAAAGCUGCUUUGACCCACCAAUAUUUCUGGCAGGCUCCAUCACGAGAUGCCAAAGAGCAACGUGUAGUAGAGAGGUAUGGCCCAUGAGAGGAGGCAAAUCUGCAGUGUGCUUCCCUGACAAUAGUUCCCUGGAUUAACUUUUCCUAAUAACUGAGCCUCUCAUGCUUGGAAUUGGAAUGGCUGUAGAGGAUGAAACUUGUUCAUCUGGUUUAGAAGUUCUCAGCCUUUUAGUGGAGUUAAUGCUAUAUUCAUAUAGAUUUUGACUGUUCUAAAUAGUACGCAGCCUCUCAUGUUCUUUGAAAACAAACUUGGCACUCUAAGCAUUUGAUGAGGCAAAAUAUGAUUUGAAAUCUUAGGAUUGCUAUGUAUUUGAAUUCAAUCCUAAUCCAGCAACCACAUAUUAUUCAAUCUUUGCUGUAGUUCAGGUAUUGCAUUGCAGAGAAAUUGGUUAUAGUAACUUAGGCACUGCAAGCACAGCCUGCAGAAAAGGGAAAAGUUGACAGCUAUGACUAUUGGCCACUAACCAUGCUCAAGAGGAAAUUGUGGGAGAACCAGACAUCAUGAGUCCACCCAGAAAUACCACAGAUUUUAGUUUCUUUUUGUAUCCUUUAUCAGCAUACUUGUUUACCUUUCCCCCCAAGAUAGGACAAAAAACUUGGUCCAAACACAAUUCAUAUUAAAGAAUGGGCUUCUUAAUCUUGGAGCAGCUGUCGGGCCCUUCAAGUUUUCAUUUCUAAUUUAAUUAGAAUGUGAAAGUCUUUGAUCAUCAAUGUGCCACGAGAGACACUGAAUGAGCUAGAUAGAGCAGGAUGCUAAAGAAUAAAUAUUUGAAAGACUCCAGUUACUGAUCUUGGCCAAAUACAUGUGGGUUGGAUCCUACAAGCAGGGUUCUGCUCAUGGAUUGCUCCUGCUGAUAGAAGGGCGGGGGGAGAUAAUGUCCACUGAUUUCCUCUUUUGCCUGCAAUCUCCUGUGUGGUUCCUGAAAAUCUGCUCUGGAGGGAAACCAGUGAACUUGUCCCCUACUUCUGCCUGCUCUGAAUCAAAGCCACUGCUUAGUUAUGGGGUUGUUUUUUAAAACCUUGUUAUUGAUGUUUUAAGUCAUUUUUAUCAUUAACUGUUAAUAUUAUUGAAGAAGUUUCUGUAUGCACUAAAUAAAAAAAAUGCUUUGAUAAACCUUCUAAUGU